GGGAUAAACUACAGUAAACUGCACUAAUGCCAUGUACUCAGCUGGCAUGUCAUCCCCAUCAUCCCUGAAGUUGGCAUGAGAGAGAGAGAGAGAGAGAGAUUUUGAGCAACUGAGCCAUAAAGAAAAGAGAGUGAGAACAAAAUGGGACAGACAAAGAAUCAUUGCCACCUCACAACCAGAACACUGUCUACAUGUACAAGACUGAACCGAGACAGCUAAUAAGUCCUCCAUAUCACAAAAUCACAUGAUGCUGCAUUAUCUCCUGUUCUGGGCAGGUCUCUUUCUGUUGUUUACAAAUGGUGAAAGAGGGUUUCAUGGGAAUCAAUAUGGAGAAUGGAAUGAUUCUCAACUGCAGCCCACCAUACAGAAGUUAAUGAAAGGCUACAACCGCUACUUAAGGCCAAACUUUAACGAGGGCCCAGUUAAAAUUGGAAUGAGUUUGGAUAUUGCCAGCAUUGAUGCCAUCUCUGAAAUCAACAUGGACUACACAGCCACCAUUUUUCUAAGACAACGAUGGCGAGAUUCCCGGCUGGUAUUCCCAGGAAAUGAAAGUCUAAGUCUAGAUGGACGUCUGGUUUCCCUGCUGUGGAUUCCUGAUACGUUCAUCCCUGAUUCUAAGCGUUCCUUCCUCCAUGAUGUCACUGUGGAGAACCGACUGAUCCGUAUCUUCAGCAAUGGAACUGUGCUUUAUGCUCUGCGCAUAACAGCAACCAUCGCCUGCAACAUGGACCUCACCAAGUAUCCAAUGGAUAGACAAGAAUGUACUUUGCAACUAGAAAGCUGGGGCUAUAAUUUACAGGAUGUGGUGUUUUAUUGGACUCGAGGGAAUGACUCAGUAAAGGGGUUAGAUACACUACGUCUUGCCCAGUACAGUGUAGAGACCUACUACACAACUGUAUCUGAGGCAGCUUAUGAAACAGGUUUUUACCCAAAGCUAGUGCUGCACUUUGCUUUGCGCAGAAAUGUCCUCUUUUUCAUUCUGGAGACAUAUGUGCCCUCAACACUGCUGGUCGUUCUGUCAUGGGUGUCUUUCUGGAUCAGUCAGUCAUCUGUACCAGCUCGCACCUGUAUCGGAGUGACUACUGUUCUAACAAUGACCACACUGAUGAUGGGUGCCAGGACCUCACUGCCCAAUGCCAACUGCUUCAUUAAGGCCAUUGAUGUCUACCUCGGUAUCUGUUUCACCUUCAUCUUUGGAGCUCUGCUGGAAUAUGCCUGUGCUCAUUUCUGCACAGUGCAGCACCAGACUAUUGUAGAUGUGCAAAGGGAACUCCUGAAAGAAUUUGAAGAGUCAAACGGUACAACUCAUUUGGUCAAUUCACCCAAAAAGAUGCAGACAAAAGCCUCCAGCCAGCAAGAGACGACUGACCAAUCUGUGACUUGUGAAGGAGAUUGUGAAGGAGAGUCAAAGAAGCAGGAGAGGGAGUGCGGUUUGUCCUUUGUUAAGCAAAUAUCACGCAGAGCUGCAUCCAUGAUGAGUGUUGAGAAUCCUCACAACAUCGACAGACACGCACGCACACUGUUCCCCAUGGCAUUUCUCCUUGUCAACAUCCUCUACUGGCUGUACUACCUUUUAUUCUAAUGGAAAGAGAUCUCGUACCUUCCCCAUCUCCCAAAAAUUAUGUGAGUAUUGCACAAAUGACUGAAAAAGUGAAAAGACUGCUGACGAUCUGUCAUUUCCAGCUGAAGAGUGCCCCGCUGAGCUGGACUUUUUCUCUUUCACAUUGUUCAAAGUUGUAAGUGUUUCUAAAGCAACGAGGAAAGUGAUUACAUGAAUCAACACUCGUAAAUAUCUAUAAGGACACAUCUGCAACAGGACACAAAGAAAGUUGAUGUUGUGUGUGUCCACUUUUAUUUCUUAAGGAAUGGCUUUCACAUGAAUUAUAUAUUUAAGGGUUCGAUGGUUUCCAUGCCUUUCCUUCUUGUGUUGUUUUGCUAUUUAUUGAAUAAUUAAAAAUGUAAUGCUUUGUCGGAAUGUUGUAAACUCAAUGAGCACUGACAGUAUUAAAGGAAAACAAUACAAUAACAAUGAUCUAUGUAUGUAUGUACAUUAUAUCUAUCUAGUAUCUAUCUAUCUUGGCUGUGGGUGACACACAAUUGUUUUUCUCUGUCUA